AUGGCCCGUCAUUUUGCAUCUCGCGGCCAUAAAAUCUUCAUCCUUGACCUCAACGAAGACAAUAUCCGACACACCGCUGAGGAGCAUUUGAAGGAACACUCGGACCGUGUGGGGUGGUCUAAAUGCGAUCUUCGGAGCGUCGAAGAUAUCCGCUCCACGGUCCAGAAAGCAGUCAAGUUUCUCGACAACCGUAUCGACUUUUUGAUCAACAAUGCAGGCAUCUCCAAUCCUUACUGGCCCGACGGGAAGACCAUGGCAGACGAAUCAGUUCUGGAUAAGUGGCAGGCAUAUGUCGAGACCAACCUCACAGGCCCCUUCGUCAUGUCUCAAGCAUGUAUUCCUUUCAUGAAAGUCGAACAGCAAGAGGACAAGAGAAAACUUCCCGGCUCGAAGGUUGGCAGUGCAGGACCAUGUAUCAUCCAUGUCAGUAGCUUUCGCGCCCUGAUCUCGGACCCUAAUCAGGAGGGCUAUGCUUCGACCAAAGCGGGGCUGCUCGGCCUUACCCAGAGUAUGGCGGUCUCCCUACAGACCUUCGGCAUCCGGGUCAACAUGGUCUCGCCAGGGCGAAUCAAGGUAACGCAUGAGAAUCCUGAUGCCGACGAGCAGGGAAAGGACUGGUCUGUGGAAGAAGACGAUGUCAAUGUACACCCUACCAAUCGACCCGGGUUGCCAGAGGAUAUUACUGAGGCGUGUGAAUACCUGCUGGGGGCGGGAUUUGUGACGGGCCAGAAUUUAAUUGUCGAUGGUGGUGUGAGCAAGGUAAAGGGCAAGGCGUGA